GGGUUGGGGGAGGAGGGAAAGCGGCGAGUAAGAUGGAAGAUGAGGAGGUCGCUGAGAGCUGGGAGGAGGCGGCAGACAGCGGGGAAAUAGACAGACGAUUGGAAAAAAAACUGAAGAUCACACAAAAGGAGAGCAGGCAGUCCAAAUCCCCUCCCAAAGUGCCCAUUGUGAUUGAAGACGAUAGCCUUCCCACGGGGCCCCCUCCCCAGAUCCGCAUCCUCAAGCGGCCCACCAGCAACGGUGUGCUCAGCAGCCCCAACUCCACCAGCAGGCCAGCUCUUCCCGUCAAGUCCCUAGCACAGCGAGAGGCUGAGUACGCCGAGGCCCGGAGGCGGAUCCUGGGCAGUGCCAGCCCUGAGGAGGAACAGGAGAAACCCAUCCUCGACAGGCCAACCAGGAUCUCUCAGCCUGAAGACAGUAGGCCGCCCAGCAAUGUGAUCAGACAGCCUUUGGGUCCUGAUGGCUCACAAGGCUUCAAACAGCGCAGAUAAAUGGAGGCAAGAAAGGAUGCUGCCACCGCCACCGCCUCCUGGAUUGUCUGCCAUGGGUCGCACUGCCGAGGCAGACAUCUGGACUUGAGCAGGGGGAACGACCUGAUUUACUUGCACUGUGAUCCCCCUUGUUCUGCCCACUGUGACCUUGAACCCCAUGCACUGUGACCUCCCUCCUUCCCACUGUGAUCGGCAUGUCGACAAGGGCUGUCCCAAGUCAGUAGAAAGGGAAAGGGUGGGGACUAGGGGAUGGUUGGAGGGACCCACCAAGGACUCAGAAUAGAGGGUCAGACAGUGCCACUUGGGGUAAAGCCAGUGCCAGCAAUCACAGUUUAUCAUGCUCAUUAAUUUGGGAUUUCAAAACACAAAUGAGACUCCCACCCACCCCCAGGUGCAUGUCUUCAUCACUUAAAGAGUAAGUUCCUUUUGAAAUAGCCUUUCCUUUUUUUCUUCCUAUUUUUGUUUGUUUAUACAAAUAUCUAAUUUGCAAGAAAAAGUGCAUGGAAGGGGUUUUAGCAGUUUAAUGAAUUUUUAAUUGAGAAAGGAUAGUUUGGUAGUCUACUUAAACAAUGUUUCUGGGAGAGUCGCUAGAAACAUUAACCAAUAAGAUUUUGGUGAGCUUAGCUUCUGGAUUCCUCCUGCCGCCCAGAAGGGGGCGAGGCUCUGUGGCCCCUGCUAGAUGAACACCUGUGCCUAUACCACCUUCCUCCAGUCCCGGUGCCUUGGCCCUGCCUGGAGAUGGCUCCAAGAGCCUAGGGGAGGGUGCCAAUCCCACCUCUAUUUCGGGAGAUGGGGAAAGUGACAGGCUUCCCCUUUCCCCAUCCCUCAGGGCAGUUCCCUACCUGCCAGGCCAGCUGCUCCUAGAGGCCAGCAGGGAGCUUCAGGCAGGGAAACUGCGCUUCCGGCUGCCCGCCGACAAGCGGGUGAGAUAUUUGUUCAGUGUUUGCUGGCAGCACAGGACUAGGGGAGAGAGUCAGGCUCCAGUACUCAGGUCCUGUGCUUGGUGUGGUCAGUAGGCAUAGAGGCCUGCCCCUUCCAGCAAGGCUGGAAUUCUUAAGGAUCUGUGGUGCUCCAGCUCAGAAACUCCACCUGGUACAUUUCCCAUAUGGAAUAAGUACCUGAGGAGCAGAACAGUCCGAAUGAAGGUGGGAAAAGAAAAGCUUUGUGUUGCAAAGGUGGUUGGCCAGCUAGCUCCUCAGAGGCUAGGGCUGCCCUUUCCCCUCUUCCCAGAGCAAGGCUGGCAUUACUCCAUUUCUGAGCCUGGAGGUUUGCUUUGCCUACUUGAAGAGGUAAAGAGGGCAGCUGAGCUUAGUCAGCUGCUCUCAGACUCUAGUCUCUGAUGCACUGCGCCUUAUCCCUCAGCCAGCCUGAUGGCCAUUCCACUGCUAACCAGCAGAUGGGUUUUGGAGUAGGUGGAAUGGUUUUGAAUUAGGGCAGCUGUAGUGAUGGCCAAGGUGGCAAGCUUGGUUUUGUAGGACCAUCCACUUUGGGUUUGCUGGUUCUUAGCCAUACCCUUUGGCACUGGUAGGCCAUGCCCUUGCCAUGACCCAUGACAUGACAUCUUCCCCCUAGGAAGAUGGGCUAGCUGCCAACUGAAUCAGAAGUCGGUCUACUGCCCAGCCCUAGACUGUGAAUUCAGCCAGGAGUCAUCUGUGUGUGAGCUGGAACAGUUUUAGUCAGUCCAAGGCUGUCACCUCUAGGAGCAGGCAGGCAGGAAGAUGGCUACUAUCUUAGUCCACUACCCUGACCAAGUGUCCACAUUGUAAAUGUCUAGGGCCCACCUUCCAGUUACAGUGCUUUUUGGCCUGAGAAAAAACUGUCCCAAUCAAAGAAGGGUGCAGAGUAGUCCAGGUUGAAAGGCCGGAAGUGACAGCUGCUCAGCCCUUGGGACCAUCUGUACUUGCCCCUCCCAUCUGGUGGGAUCAGAGGCAGGCUGGCUGGCAGUUGGUUGUCUGCAUUGAAAGGAUGCACCUUGAUCUGGCCAAAGAAGGGCUCUGCCCACAGCGUGCCUGUAUCCAACCACCAGCAGUCAUGUCCUUGACCUCCUAGAUAGAGAGGUGGCAGGUAAAAUGAAAGAAAACAGGAAACUUGUGUUGGGAGUGGGUGGGGAAUGGGAAAACGGUUUGGAUUUUGUGUGUAUGUGUGUGUGUAUGUGUGUGUGUGCAUUGUUUUUAGUUGUCUGUAACUUUCCCUAAGUGCUUUUUUUUCUCUUUUUUUUCUUUUCUUCAAAGUAAGUUGCAGGCUUUGGCUUGGAAAUCCCCAGGGGUAUGAGGGGCAGGAACCUGAGGCCCCUUUGUUUGCCUUCAAGGUACUGCUCCUCAUCUAGCUCUUCCUGAACCCCACAAGCCAGGCCUCAGUCCUUCCAGCUAACCGCUUCCCAUGAGCCACUGCUCUGAUGUCAGCCUGUAACCAAAGGAGCUGGGGGUUUGGGCCUGGUGACCAGCCCUUUUCAGCCCCCUCAAUCAGGGUGCUCCCCACCUGCAGGCAGGAGGCAACACCCUAUCUGCUGCCAUCAGUCCCUUCCAGAGCCCACUUGCCCCGCCUUGCCCUGCUCUGCCCCAUCUGGGGGUGCUCUGCUCAGGGAUGGGCUGGCAGGGCUGUACCUAGCCUCCCUGGCAGGCAGAGACCUAAACCUCUGGGGUCCUGCUUCUGGUCAUGUGACCCCAGGGGUGCACCCUUGGGCAUCUGAACAGAAGGGAAUGGGAGGGAGGUCUGCACCCUGCAGUUUUGCUCUGCUGGUAUAGCGGGCAGCUCCCCACCCCCACCCUGCCCCGCACUGCGGGCUCCUGAGUCGGCAGAUUAAGCAUUUUAUAAAUUGUAUUUUAAAUACAUGGUUUAAACUUGUCA